CAAAUCUUCUUGAUGUUAAGUUGUCACUUCUGUAUUUCACUAUUGUCUCAAAAGUGUGUGGAUCUAUUUCUUUCUUAGCCUUGCUAGGUAAAGUUUAGUUUCUGGUAGGCUCCUAAAAUUCUUCCUUUUCAUGGCAAAUUCAUGCACAUGGCACAUCAACUUUAUUAACAAUUUUUUUCCCCUCCUGUUGUAUGUUUCUGAUUGAAAAACAUUACCCUUCAUCAAUAGCUUACUGAAGCAGAUCCAUCAAAUACAAACUUGGUAUAAAUAAAAUUAAGCAUGGGUCACUUUACUUUUGUUUUUAAGGCAUGCUGGGCAAUUGUUUCCAUUCGUAGCAAGAUACGAUGUGCAAAAGAUACAUAGGCCCAUAUAACAGUUUUAGCCAUUUCAUUUGAAGAGUUAGUCUGUGGUUAUGUACAUGCUUAACGUAUAUGUUCCACUUAUAUUGAAACUCACAAUUUGUAAUAUCAAUGUCUCUUUUUAUGUAGGUAUUGGAUUCAAAAGUGUGUUCCUGAUAUCAAGCCAGCCCCAUAUAUUCAGUAAUGGGUAUCAAAUCAAGUUUAAUGAGAUGCCAUGUCCAGAAUGCAAUAUUGGAUACAUUGUCCCGGAGUGGGUUGAAUCCAGGCCUAGCCUUUCAGAUAUCAAACAGACAUAUGGGUCUACCAGAGACCUUCCAACAACCUGUAUCGUCCUGCCUUUGAAGGAUGAGAAGGUCACUGCGGUGAAGCAGCAGCUGUCAAGCUUGCAUCCAGAAAUGCUACUGUUUCUGUCAAAGAUCAGGCGGCUUUCUGUCCGUGAAGAUAACGGCAACACUAGAGGCAGCACUGUUAGUGAGAUUGCAAUAUCGAGUGAGAAGAACUUUGAAGUGAGGAAGAACAUGCACGCGGAGUCUUACACGGUCUUUUUAUCUGCUCAAGAGAAUGAGAGUGAAGCAGAGUGCGGGUACCAUAUGUGGAGGCAGAGGUUCCUUGUCAAAGCAGAGAACAGGGUGGACAAGCGUACUGAAAUCGAUGAGUGGGUCAUCACCCUAGCCUUCCCUCUUAAGGAGCGACUAUCUCGUGGGAAGCAGCUAUCCCCUGGCGUAUAUGCUUUCCUUCCCACGGAGAUGGUAACGAACUUCCCCUUCAUCAUUCAGGCUGACUUCCUCCUUGCAUCGUCAAGAGAGGCGAUACUAUUCGAUAGUCCAUGGAACAAGGGAAUUCUGGAGUGUAUCCCAAGUGCAUUCAUGAAUGCCUUUGUAGCACUUGUCAAGUCCAGAACAGAUGCACCAGCAAUGACUAUUCCGUCGAUGUUCCAUUACCUGCCAGUCAGUCCUUCGCUGAUCCCUUUACUUGAGCCUGUUAGGUCUGGCAUCAAAGAGAAGGUUCUCGUUGAGGAUAUAGUUCCAUGUGAGUCUCACGCUCCACAGAAGAUGUUUUGCAAGCCUUGCGAGGUUGCGCGGCUCAAACCAGCAUUUUGGGAUAUCCUUGUCAAGGCGAGAGAAUCUGGAGUGGACCUUAAGAACCUGUCAACCCAUGGAACCUACAUUCUCAGCUCUCAUUUCGACAAGAGUGCAUACAACAGUGUUCUUACAUUUCUGGAUGUCAAAAGUGUGAGCCAUGAAUGGUAUGCAAAAUGCAUCGAGGGGUCUAAUCUUGUCAGCAAUGUAGAUGAACAGCUUUAUCUUGAACUUGUAUCUUUUGUCGCAGACAGUUGGCAAAGCUUUUCCAGUACAAAGAUGAUGCAAAUUCCUCUGCUGAAGUAUGUUGACAGGAACAAAAAUGUAUCUGUCUGGAGCAUAUCUAGAGCUAGUCAGUGGAGUGAUAGACUGUGUAUUGCAUCUGAUCGGAAGUGGAUGUCAUGGCUUAUCAGCUGGAACCAGGAGUUUCCAUCUUCUAACCGGUUUUUUGUGCCUCCCAGUACACAAACAGCUCUGCAAGGUUUCGCGCAGAAGGAAAAAGUGACAUACUGGCUUCAGAGCCAUGCAAAAGUGGAGAUUGUAUCUGUAUACACUUACGGGGAUAUUGUGGUCAAGUCCUUGAACUGUGAUCGAAGGCCUGCCAUCGCCUUUUCUCACUUUCUGUAUCAUUCAUCCAAUAAGAACUACAUGGAGAGCUAUCAGUUAGCAGACCUGUGUCGUACCAUGCCGGUAAUUGACAACUAUGGCAAUGCAGUUACGGAAAGACAAAGCAUUCUAGUUCCUGCAAAUGGUAGCAAAUGGGUUGGACUGAUGGGCACAAACCCAUGGAGGAAUGAGAAAUACAUCGAACUGUCAGCAGAUUACAAGUCAGCAGGUCAUUUCGCCGGGUACUACACACCGGCAGAUUGGAUCUUGGAUUUUCUCAAGACAAAGAUGCAGGCCUCGGAUGUGCCGUUCAUACACCCUCCAAAUGCAAGUUUCCCGACAGUCUCAUCACCUCUGACUGGACAAUGCAAUCUUGCUACUGCAAUGGAUAAGGAAUUUGAAGGCAAAAGGUGUACAACUACCAGCUAG